AUUAUCGAAAAUCGACUUCUAGUGGCGAACGACGCCAAACAGGGCUGUUACAAAGGAUAUGAUGACCAAGAUGAGGCCGACAGAGGUAAAGUUGAACAGCGCUCCAGAGGAUUGGAUAUCUACAGUGAGGUUUGGGCCUAAAUCGAAUCAAUAUUUAAUUGCCUCAUCAUGGGAUGGCACUGUACGCUUUUAUGAUGUGAUGAACAAUGCUGUUCGCCAAAAAUUUGUACAAGAUGCUCCAGUUUUAGAUGUCACUUUUAUGGAUGUAGUGCACGUUGUGAGCGGUUCUUUGGACAAUAAGUUGCGUUUGUACGAUGUAAAUACCCACACAGAGAAUGUAGUUGGUGGCCACGAAGAGCCUAUACGUUGUGUUGAAUAUGCGGAAUCUGUGAAUGGUAUAUUGACCGGAAGUUGGGAUAAAACCAUAAAACUAUGGGAUAUGCGAGAAAAACGAUGCGUGGGAACUUACGAACAAUGCAAUGGAAAAGUUUACUCAAUGUCAGUCAAUGAUGAAAAAAUUGUGGUAGCCACUUCAGAUCGUAAGGUUUUGAUUUGGGAUUUGCGCAAAAUGGAGGAGUACAUGAUGAAAAGAGAAUCAUCUCUUAAGUACCAAACGCGCUGUAUUAGACUUUUUCCAAACAAAGAAGGCUACGUCAUGUCAUCGAUUGAGGGUAGAGUUGCUGUCGAGUACUUGGAUCCUGAUCCAGAAAUUCAAAAGCGAAAAUUUGCCUUUAAAUGUCAUCGCAGCAAACAAGAUGCAAUUGAACGCAUCUACCCAGUCAAUGCGAUCAGCUUUCACAAUAUUUACAAUACAUUUGUAACUGGAGGAUCCGAUGGGUUGGUGAACAUAUGGGAUGGUUUCAAUAAAAAAAGGCUGUGUCAAUUCCACGAAUAUGACACUUCAAUAUCAUCGCUUAAUUUUAGUCAUGACGGAAGCACUUUGGCCAUUGCUUGCUCAUACAUGGAUGAAUUAGAUGUUCCGCCAACAAAUGUGCCCAAUCCAGCGAUAUACGUACGAUAUGUAACAGAUCAAGAAACUAAACAAAAAUAAUUUCAUAGUAGAUAGUUCUGCGAGCCUUUGUUCAUCGGAUACGACAUAUUGCAUAUU